GCAAGUACAGCCAAAGCGUUUUUUGUUGCAAUCGCCAUACAGUUACGCGAUGGAAACAAGAAAAGGCGUAUUCAUUUUGUCCAAUCUAAUAGUGAUCGUACUUGGCCGACAAGGUUUCGGACCAACUGACCAAGAAUGGGGAUACGCUACCGUCCGCGAUGGUGCCCAUAUAUUUUGGUGGAUGCAUUACACCAACGCUGUUCAAAACCCGCUUGAAAAACCUCUGGUGAUAUGGUUACAGGGCGGGCCGGGAGUAUCGUCCACAGGGUACGGCAAUUUCGUGGAAAUCGGCCCAUGGGACGCAAAUAAGCAGCCUCGAAACACUACAUGGUUAAACUACGCCAAUCUUCUCUUUGUGGACAAUCCAGUUGGCACCGGAUUCAGUUAUGUCGACUAUCCGGAAGCUUAUGCGACGAACAACACUCAAAUUGCAAAAGACUUCAUCGAACUACUAAGAAGUUUCUAUAAAAGACUUCCAGACUUUGAAAAGGUGCCUUUGUAUAUUUUCAGUGAAUCUUAUGGCGGAAAAAUGACGGCCGAGAUUGCUCUUCAUGUAUAUUGGGCUGUAAAAAAUGGCACAAUUAAAUGUAACCUAAAAGGAGUAGGUCUUGGCGAUGCGUGGAUUUCCCCAAUCGAUUCCAUAACCACUUGGCACACCUAUUUAUACAAUAUGGGCAUGAUUGAUAAAUCAGCCUACGGUCAUUUCGAUAAAGUGGUAGAGGAGGCCAAAGUAGCAGAAAGUCAAGGGAAUUACACCGAACUACUCCGCAUUUUUUUCGAACUGGAAAAUGACAUUGAUUCUUACACGAUAAAUGCAGACUUCUACAACAUCUUAACACCGAUUCGGGCCGAUUUUCGCAACAAAAAAAAUGGUUUCGGAAAUAUUCUGUUCAAACCUGCGGGUCCGGAAGAUGAAAUUGAAACUUUAAUGAAAAAAGAAGUUGCCCCGGCACUGAACGUUACUCACAAUUGGGGUUCUCAAGGAGAUGACGUUUUCGUUUAUCUACAGGACGAUUUCAUGCGGUCCGUUACAAAAAUUGUCGAACAACUGUUAAACGAAACUGACAUCAUCGUGGGGGUCUAUAAUGGACAAUUAGAUUUAAUUGUCGACACGAUAGGAACUGAGCAGUGGGUGAACAACCUUCAGUUCAAAAAUGCAUCGGAAUGGGUAAAUGGUAUUAGAUACGGACUGGUUGCGGACGAUUACUACACAGGAUUCCAGAAAAACGCUGGAAAUCUUCGAUUCUAUUGGGUGUCGCGAUCUGGACAUAUGGUGGCUGUAGAUAAUCCGGGAGCCCUAAGCUUUAUCCUGUCAGAUAUCAUAAUACAUAGCAAUUGAGUGUUUUCAAAAGAGUAAAAAAUAUUUAUCAAAAUAUACCGUUUUGAAUGGUAAAAAAUUGUUUUUGGUGUUAUUCUUGUUUUCGUAUUACUUUAAAGGGAUAUUUAGGGUGUGCGCA